CCUCGAAUCUCUGAUUCCUCCGAUGCGUCACCAUUAUCAAGUAAUGUUAAAAAAUCGGGAGGCAGUUUAGGUGCUUGUCCAGGGUUGGCAAAAUUGCGCAGAAGAAUGAAUGAAUCAUGUGGCGUAGCACAGUAUAGUAAUGGCCCUGCUAUCUUCCGCAAUACCAAAGCCAAAUGCUUCAAAGAAAAAAAGCUACCAUAUUCCUUGCUUAAGCAAGUGACCGUGGACAAGCUUGUCCGAGCUCGUCAAACCAGUGUUAAUUUGACAGAUUCAUGA